UUUGACGAGGUAAUGUUUUUCUCGCAGUAGUAUGAGGAUAACAAGCCAGCCGAUCUGAGUUGCUGUUACUCGCUCCCUCAACCAAGGACGAAUAAGCUAAAAACAUUUUUUCCGAGAGACUUCUGGUUUAUCGGCGACGGGGAAACCACCGUUUUUUUUCUUCCCUGUCGGCGCUGUUUGUUUUAUCUUCACGGAGUCGCUCGGCUGGAGUUUGUCUGCGGUCUCUAUGCUGUCCAUGGAUUAACACUAGAGUCGACUCCGAAGCGCUGUCAUAUCAGCUAAAGUGUCAAACUGUGGAUUGUGAUCCUUACGUCACUUGCCAAUAUUCAGCGGCUGCUUUCCCCGGUUUGGUUGGAAACAAAGUGGAACUACAGCUAAGUCUAUGCAAAACGAGCGGAAACUUGUUGAAAUACAAUUCGGCGAGUAAACCUUUGGCCAGCUGCGGGUCAGCUUUACUAGCGGGAGUGGAGAGAUUUAGCUAACGAGGCUAUCAACUUUCUCUGACCGCAGCUGUAAAUAUUUAGGUGGAAGUUUCCUCUAAAAGAUACCGACAGCGGGUAGAUGUCGACAAGCAGAUAAAGUGCAUUUGUCGGAAUUAAAAUGGCACUGACAGUAGCUUAGCCGACUAGCUGUCGCUGUUGCUCUCCGUUCACUUCCAACGCUAUGUUAGCAGUGACAGCUAACGCCAUGUUAACGUUAGAUUCAAACAAGUGGUUCGCUGGAAGAGUGUCAGCGUGAAGUUACAGCUUAACUUUAACCCAUUGUCGCCUUGCAGUUUGCCUAGAAAGUCAGAGUAAAUAUAUACUUUGCAAAGUUUUUAUUUUGUCCGCUUUUUAGUCACACUUAAACAACUUUUAUUAAAGGGAGCUUUGAGUGUUAGCCUAGCCGCGUUAGCUUGCCUGUUGCCUUGUAAAAGCAUUGAGACAGUGCAGCCAGCCGAGCUACGUCUGAAGUGACUUUAGUUUAACCGAUAACGCGAGGUGUGCUCUUAAAAUUCUCAUGGGUUUGUUACAACGCUUGCUGAGAGACUUUGCAAAAUAAGACCCCACCAGCACAGUCUUCCACUCAAAACAAGUAGCUGAAGUUGUUGAACUGCGGCCCGCACCAUGUCCAGCUCCCCAGGCACAGGUGGCUCGAACCCCAGGAAGUUCAGCGAAAAGAUAGCGCUGCACAACCAGAAGCAAGCAGAGGAGACGCGGGCCUUUGAACAGCUGAUGACGGACCUCAAUGUCUCAAGGGUCCAGUUUCAGAAGAUCCAGCAGCUUCGCUUGUCUCAGUCAAGGGCACAGUACUACGGAGGCUCUCUGCCCAACGUCAAUCAAAUCGGCAACACCAGCACUGAAUUUCAGGGUGGCUUCCCUUCAGGUUUGGACUCUGUGAGAGGGACUCGCCACCACGGGCUGGUCGAGAGGGUCCACAGGGACCGCAACCGUAUCAACUCUCCCCAUCGCCGACCCCUCGACAAGCACGGCCGGCAGAUAGAGAGCUCUCCGUAUGGAGCGGUGUACCUGUCGCCACCUCCGGACAACAACUGGAGAAGGGAACAGCAGCCAUGGACUGAGGAAAAACGGCCGGGGUUUAGAUUAAUAUCACAACUCAACAGAACCAACUCAGACUCUGCUCUUCAUACAAGUGCUAUGAACCCAAACCCUCAGGACCCAUUUGGAAUGCACCAGCAGAUGGGUAGAGGACCCCCACAGCGCAAUGCGAGUGUAAAUGAGGCCGAGGUGGACGGCUCAGGAGACGUCUUCUCCUUCCCCACCAUCCCUAACGAGGAGAACCUCAUAGGUGUCAGUAAGCCGCUACCCAAGCAGCUGUGGCAGGCCAAGAAGGUCCAGUCUCUGGCCUCAAGGCCUAAAUCCUGUGAAGUGCCUGGAAUCAACAUAUUCCCGUCUCCAGAGCAGAACCCCGGGCUGUCCCACUACCAGGGCUCGUUGAGUACCGGGGGCUCCCUGCCAGACCUCAGCAACCUGCAGUUUCCCUCCCCGCUCUCCACGCCGCUGGACCCUGACGACAACAUCGGGUACCCCAACAUCAGCGGGGGCAGCAGCACCGGAAACCUGCCAGCUGCAAUGAUGCACCUGGGCAUCGGCAACUCACAAGGUCUCUCCUCCUCUUUGAGCAACCCUUCAAUCCAGGCUUCCCUCAACAACUGUCAGCUGCAGUCUUCGCUCAGCAAUCCCUCCAUCAACUCGUCCCUGCGCCUGUCCAGCAACUCCCCCCGGCGAAGGCCAGCUCCCAUCAGCCCCCUCACCCUGUCUCCUGGGGCCGAGCAGCGCAGGGGUCUGGCCAAGCAGCUGUCUCCGACCAUGUCGCCCUCGCUGUCCCCCAUCACGCAGGGAGUUGCUUUGGAUACCAGCAAUAUGCCAAGGGAGCCUCCGCCGCCCUAUCCGCUCUACCAACAACCCCAGCAUGUAGUGGACCAGGGCCGCCAACGCCAGCAGCAGCAGCAGCAGCCCGUCUCUCCGCUUCAGAGCAUUCCACUAGACUUCAACACGAGCCAACCCAACAAUUUGGCAGCUCUCUUCAGCGACCCGUUCAUGGAGCCGCAGUUCUGUAAUCGCCAGAACAAGAUGGUCCCCUAUCAGUUGGAUCAGUUCGGUCUGUUGGAAAACACAAUGAGCUCCACAGCAGGGGGGUCUUGCUUCGAUCCGUCGUCCGCCUCCCUCUAUUACUCGCAGGCUGCUCAGUCAGGGAUGGGUGGCAGCCACAGCAGCCUGCAGGACCAGAUGCACAUGAGGUCCAAUAUGUUGUACUCAAACUGCAGCGGAGGACUGCCCAACAUCAUACUGACUGAUGACUCCAACCCCAGUCUGUCCAAGGACAUCAGCAGUGCGCUCUCCACGGUGCCCGAAUGUUUUGACUCAGAGGUAGGCUUCCCGUUGGAGGACGAGCUGCGCAUCGAGCCCCUCAGCCUGGACGGACUGAGCAUGCUCAGUGAUCCCGACAUGGUGCUGCCGGACCCGUCUGUGGAGGAUACUUUCCGCAGUGACAGACUCUGAAUGUGAAGAGCACCACAUGUCUAAAGAAACACACUCACACACACACACACAGAUUUGCAGUGUAUAGUGUACAAAUCUGAAUCUGCAUGCAAACAAUCCAUGUAGGGCCACUGUGCAUGCAUCCACUGCCACUAAGAUUCAUGAAAUGUGAAACACGCCCACACGGUCAUGCCCACUUCGGAAGAAGGAGACUUGUGAACAGACACUGUUUAUGCCUGCUCUGAGCAACGUUCCCCUCAUGCACGCUUGAGCCCCCCCGCCCUAACACACACACACA